CUUCAAAUUGUUGCUUCACUAGACAAGGUGAAACUUUUCCAGCGAAACAGUAACUUCCCUUUAGUCAAGACGUCUUGUGCGUCCUGUUGAGUUUGAAUCCCAACUGAAACUCGUUGGGUUUGUACCGAAAUGUCUUUAGCAGAGCAAAGCCUGCAGUGGUACCCAACCAGCGUGCAGGUAACGGUGCUCCAGGCGAGGGGGUUGCGGAUCAAGGGGAAAAAUGGCACCAACGACGCGUACGCUAUCAUGCUGGUGGCCAAGGAGAAGUUCUCCACGUCGGUGGCGGAGAAGUGCGUCGCGCCGGUGUGGAAAGAGGAGGCCACGUUCGACCUGCCGCUCUUUCACACCAGCAACGUGGAGCGCUGUACCUUACAGGUGUGCGUGAUGCACCGGGCUCUGAUGGGACCCGACAAAACGCUCGGGCAAGCGACUAUAAACCUCCUGGAACUCCACGACAAUAAAUCCCGUAAUAAAACAGGAUGGUUCAAGCUGGUCGGCAAGACGGGAAAGGCAGAUAAAGACAGAGGUGAGGUGUACCUGGACAUUCAGUUCAUGAAGAACAACAUGACGGCCAGUAUGUUCGACCUCUCUGGGCAGGACAAGUCACGGUCAAAACUUGGGAAGCUCAAGGACAAGCUGAAAGGGAAAAAGAAAGAUGGUAUGUCGGAUUCUGCAUCUGCUAUAGUGCCGUCUGUCAGCCAUAUACUGACCGACAGUGAGGGAGAAGAGGAAACGAAUGCCACAUCUGGAGCCAAAAAGAAAAAUAAACUGAAGUCCCUCUUUGCACCCAAGUCGGGUUUGCACCGUAACAUGUCUCAGUCCAUGUCCACACUCGCCACACUGCCUGAAAAAGAUUCGGCCAUCAGUUUGAGCAGGUCAUCUGGCCUGAAUAUAGAAUCUCCUGAAGGUAAGAAGAAAUUCAAAUUUCUGAAACAUAAGCAUACUGCAAGCUCUGACAGCAAGGUGUCCCAAAGUGCCAGCUCUCUUGGACAGGGCGUUGUGCAGACCAACGUGUGCAUUAACGGUAGUCACGUCUACACUGAAGAGCCGGAGACCAGAGGCUCCAGGGCUGGUUCCACCUUCAGCCUGAACAGCUCAGGCCACGGAUCCAUGGAGGACCUACGCAGAGGUCACAGCAGAAAAACCUCCAACACCUCAGUGGACUCUCUUAACGCCUCAGAACUGCAAACUCAAGAAAAUGCAGCGGAAGAGAUGCGCGGAAAACAAGAGGAACAGAAGAAACAGGAAAAGGAAGUUAGAAAAAGGCUAGAGGAGGAAAAGAAUGAGCAGCUCAGGAGAGAAGAGAUGAGAAAAGAAGAGGAAAGGAAAAGGAUUGAGGAGGAAAUGGUUAAAAUAAAGAAGAAACAGGAAAGAGUUGGAGAGGAAGAAGAACGAAAACAGACUUAUGAUGCGAGAACCAGGGCUGAUGCAAGAAUGAGUGAAGUGGAGAAAAGGAAGAAAAUGGAGGAAGAGGAAAAGGCCAGAUUGGAGGAAGAGAAAUGGAGGAGAGUGGAGGAAGAGGAAAGAGCUAGGCUUGAGAAGAAAAGACUGAGGAAGGAAGAGGAAACUAGGAGGAUCGAGAUGGAAAGAAGACAUGCUGAAGAAGAGGAAAGACUCGGGAAGGAAAAGAAGGAAGCAGAGGAAAUGCGAAAAAGGAAAGAGGAAGAAGAGAGAAAGAUGGCAGAGGAGGAAGUGAAGAGGAAGUUGAAAGAGAAAGAAGCAGAGCAAGACAGAAUCAGACAAGAGAAAGAAGAAAAAGAGAAGCAAAAGAAGGUGAAAGAACAGCCCCACACCAUUGAGAAGCAGCCAGAGGUGAAGCCUAGGAGUGCUAGAUUGAAUACGGUGAAGAAAGCAGAGAAACCUGAGGUGAAUAGCUCAGAAUAUGUCCCCUCUGCCAAUCCCUUUGAAGAGACCUUCUCAUUCAAUGAGAUUUCCACCAAUACUUUUGAGCAGCACACCAUUCCUCAACCUGAAGCUCAUGGUCGCUCAGCCAAAGUAUAUGCAGUAAAGCCAAGGUCCCAUGCAGUGAAACCCCUGAGCACCACUGAGAGGCCGCCAGAUCUCAGAGAGACACAAGACAAUUCCAGAUCCACUAUAAGUAUUGAUGGCAUGCAAGCCAAGAUGAAGGCCAUAGAGGCUAAAGGGACGGAACCCUACUCGCAGCUGACCCACGAAGAGCUUGUCAGCUUGUUGGAAAAGCAAAAGGAGCAGCUUUCUCAGAAGGACUCUAAGAUUGUGGAACUGGAGCAGUAUAUAGACAACCUUCUGGUCCGUGUCAUUGAGGAGAAACCCAGCAUCUUAAUGUCCUUGAGCUCCUUGAAGAAGUCCGUUUGAGGGACUCCAACUUGGGCAGAGAGUUUUUCAAGAGGGUUUCAUAUCAUACUGUGUGCACUGUAUCACAAAUGUGGGAUGAAAAGCAUAUAAGGUUGUGGUGAAAUCAUAAAGGCCUUUCACAAAAGCCAGUGGCUAAAACUACAAGCACACUACUGAGCUGAAGAUCAGGUUGGUGUUUACCUGAUUUAUGUAAAUUUUGACAACUGUAAUGUUAAACACAUUUGGCUUGCCUCAGAUCCACCUAACCUUGUGACUGUUUCAUGCACUCUUCUACAUGUUGAGCUAAAUCAUAUUUUAUAUAUAUAUAUAUAUAUAUAUAUAUAUAUAUAUAUAUAUAUAUAUAUAUAUAUAUAUAUAUAUAUAUAUACUAAAUGCUAUGUAGUUUCCCCAAAGUUCUUUAGUACUGUCCACUGUUUUUUUUAUUUAAAAAAUCAAAUCUUUCAAGCAAAAAACUUAAUAUCUUGCAGGUUGAAUGUGCUAAUUUGUUUAAUGUAAAUUGUAAUGUAAUAUUAUGUAACAGAACAUUGUUAAUACUUAUGUACUAACUUAAUUUCCUUUUCAGAUAAAGCACUUUAAAGGAAUCUGUUCUUAUCUAAUAUUGAAUACUUGAUCAUUUGUAUGCUAUGCCUUUUUUCAUAGAACCUGACAGCUUUGUUAUUCUAAGGCUUUGAAAUAAAAAAUGUCACAGGUGUGGCCUUGCAAAGAA